AUGCACGACUUCACCAAAUCUUUGAACAACAGAGAGAAGCUGCUGCUUUGCCAGUAUAUCAAUGAGCACAACUUUAAUUGGAACCUAAUACCACGCUCCCUGUCAAGUCAUCCACUCCUUCUAUCCAGGUCACCGGGAUUUUUCACUUCAGAUAGUUGUAAAGUCGCUUAUAACGAUCUUUUACUGGAAUUGGAACUCGAAGCUGAUAACACAAAAUACUCAAAGGAUUUGCAAUCUCGACCGCAACUGAAGUUAGCGAAAAAGUACUUCAAAUUGCAUGUUGACGAGAUCAAGCAAUCCAUAUGGCAGCAAGAGCGCGACUUUAGAGCUGUGCUGCAAGAUCUGCAUAACAUGAAGAAUAAUCAAGCUGAGACAUCACAAGAAUCCAGUACACGCAAAGAAGCUUCACCUCGACCACCUAUUCAUAGCGAACGAGAUAACCAAGAACCAGAAGUUCUACAGGAGAGACUCACAUCAAAGGAAUCAGCUUCGCGAGAACCAAAUCCGAAAGAACAAACACCUGAGGAAGCAGUUGUUCAGGAACUUGAAUCAGAACCACCAUUACAGAUUAAAGAGUCACAAGACGGUGAUGCUGCGAUGAACCAAUUACCAGAAGAGCAUGCGACAAACGAUUCCAAUACAAAUGAUCCCGAAGAAGCAACGCCGAGAGAGCCUGAUUCACCUGCUAAAGAAGUUAUCGCCGAUACACCAAAGAGCUCUGAGGAUAUGCAGGUGGAUAUGAAGCCAGAGGAAGUCAGAGAGACACGUAGAACAUCAAAGAGGAAGAGUGCAGCGGUUGAGAACACCAACAAGAGGUCUCCAGCCACACCGAAUGAAACACCAGAAGAUACGGCGAAUGCGAAUAGCAAGCGUAGAAAGUCUACGCUGGAUGACACACAAAGAAAAACACAGAAGGUGCUUCUGCUGUGUCUACAGGAUAUUACAACCCACAAAGCAGGUAUAGUUUUUGAACAACCAAUAAGGGCAAAUGAAGCGCCAGGAUACCACGAUGUUGUUUAUUCACCAACAGAUCUCACAACUAUAAAGAGAAAAAUACGUGAUGGACAGAUAACAUCAGCACAGCAAUUCAAAGCCAACGUGCUUUUGAUGUUCGCGAAUAGCAUAAUGUACAAUCCACCAUCGAGUGAUGUACAUGAGAUGGCGCAAGAGACAUCGAGGUCGUCUCCAUUCGCAUAUCAGCAGAGAAUAUUAGAAAGGACUUCGUCUUCACAGCGCAAGCCAUCAAACUCUUCUUUACAGCAGUCGACGCCGCUAGCAUCUCCAAAGCCAACGUUCCUAGAUGGCAUCUCCCAUAGAACUCCAUCGGGUAGUCUCUCUAGGCACAAAUCAUCGCACAGCGUAGGCGAUGUAGCCAGCAAAUGGGAAGCCAGAUCUCAAUCGGACAAGUCCACAGUUCCAUUUCCAAACUACCCGAGUCGCUCUCCAUCUCCAACCAAAUCCUCUCCAAACAAGUCUUCUCUCCCUUCUUCUGUAUUCACUCCUUUCUCUCAUGGCAAUCAUCCUCCGUCACCUACUCCUGAGAAGACGCCUUCUAUUCGCAGGUCAAGGCCUUUAUCUCUACAAAGCACUCCUGAUCUUGCCAAGAGCUCCGUUGGUGCCCUCAAAGAACUCGGUUCUUCUCAAUCUGUUUACCGCACCAAUUCUCUUUCCAGAGCUAGAUCUAUUGACUUGGAGGCUGAGAAACAAAAGGCCUCUGAGCAACCUUCCCCCACUAAGUCUGAAAGCGGUCACAGUAUACUUGGUCGUGGCACUGCUCCAAGCUAUAGAGCAAAAUCCGGUGCUCACCUUGGCCGUAUCACAAGUGGUGAUGCUGAGAAUGAUUGGGACGAGAAUGACAAACCUGGUGGCUGGGACAAGGAUCAGAGAAGCUCUCUCAAAGAUGAUUCUUUUCAUUUACCUGGUAUUACAGACAUGAGUGAGCAGGUGGUCGGUUUACCAGGCAGAGUACGUCUAUCAAGAACUGGAUCACUCACCGAGGGCUCAAGGAACGCUGCGGGCCUCAGGCGCACGAAUGCCGUUAAGAAUUCGAGCCUCUCUCCUACCAGAGCAUCACAAAACUCUUCAGUCAUGUCUCGCACGCAGUACAUGACUUUAGACAAACAGCGUCACCUUCUCGCAGCUUACGAGUAUCUUUGCCACAUCUCUGAGGCUAUUAGAUGGAUCGAGGAUUGCCUUGAAGGAUCACUUGAAAUGGAUGAAGUUCAGGCAGAAGACGGACUCCGAGACGGUAUAGUUCUCUUCAGAUUAGCAAGUGUUUGGGGCUUUGGUGAAGGGAUGGAGGAUGGGCAUAUUGGCUGGAACGGCAUAAGAAAGAACUACACAGGAAACAGACGUCUUUUCAUGCAUCCAAACAUUCGACACUUUAAAUACGUCGAUAACAUUAACUACUUCUUCGAGUUUAUCAGGCGCAUCAGUUUACCUGAACUGUUCACGUUCGAAACAACUGAUCUCUAUGAAAAGAAAAACAUCCCGAAAGUAAUCUACUGUCUCCAUGCAUUGAGUUAUCUUCUUGCUGGACGAGGUGUUGCUCCACGCAUUGGCGCUCUGAAGGGUCAACUUGAGUUUACUGACGAUCAGCUUCGCCAGACUCAGAAGAAUCUUGAUGCUUCCAACGUCCCAAUGCCAAAUUUCGGUGGAUUGGCUUCAACAUUUGGGGAUCCUGAACCAAUACAAGAACCAGAGCCCGUCGAAUCAGAAGAAGACCGCAUAGCUAGAGAGCUCUUUGACGUCGAAGGAACAAUCGUUACAUUGCAGGCUCAAGCAAGAGGCUACCUCACGAGACUGCAAGUUUCGAGCCUCAAAAUAAAAAUGAAGCUGAACAAGAAGAUUAUCACUGUCGUUCAAGCAAGAUGCAGAGGUAAAAUUACGAGAUCUCGCUUGUCUAGCCUACGUGAGAGGCGCUCAGGAUCUGCUAUGAAGUGGGUCGUGCCUCUUCAAGCAAUUGCAAGACAGAAGCUUGUUCGUGAUGAACAAAAAGAUAUAAAGAAGUACUUGAUGAUUUGCAAACCCGCUGUUACUGCCCUACAGGCACAAGCUCGUGGUCUACUUUCCCGAAAAAAGUAUGUAAACAAGCUGCAUAUUAUAUAUCGCCAGAAUCGCACUGGUGUUUAUCAGGGCUUACAAGCUCAAUGUCGCGGUUUGCUUGCAAUUAGCUCAUUCAGAAAGUGUAAAAGCGCUCUGAACAACCGUGCUGAGCUUCAGCGGGCUCUUCUUAUACAAUCUAGCUGUCGUGGGUAUUUGGUUAAAUCAAAGUAUACCGAGUAUUUGGAUAGUAUUACAGAGCAAGUUCCUGUCUACACAGCUGUUCAAGCUGCUUGUCGUUCGAAAGCCAGCAGAAGCAAGUAUCAAUCAAAGUUGAAAGACGUGAUGAAGUCAUCACAAAAUUUUGUUCAUUUACAGGCACACUCGCGUGGGAUUAUUUUUAGAAGAAAGCACAGAAAGCUUAAUAACGCUCUCAAAAGCGCAUCGACUACCCAAUCGGUUGUAUCAAUACAGUCACAUGCCAGAGCGUUAAUCGCGAGACAGGAAAAUGAAUCAUUCCGAGCACAACUGGAAUCGCUAUUUGGUGCACAUGUUAAAAUACAGGCAUGUUCUAGAGGAGCUAAUGUUAGAGAUCAAUGUGAAAGUAUAUUAGCAUACUUGGAUGAUAACUACAAAAGUAUUAUAUCAGUACAGUCCCUCUCUCGCACGAAGCUCAUUCAUGAUAGAUACAAUUACUUGAACUCGUUACUUGAGCAGUCUUCAAUUUCCACAUUACAGUUGCAAAGUCAAUGCAGGGGUUUCCUUGUCAGAAAGUCCAAUGAACAGCUGAAAGCUGAACUUUCGGACGAUUCUAAAUUGAGUUCUAUCUGUCAAAUUCAAUCCCUUGGACGUGCGACUCUGGUAAGACGAUCUAUCUGGAACAUCUUCCAAGAGCUGGAAUCAAUGGAGGGUGAAAUAGUCAAAUGCCAAGCACAGUCUAGGGGCUGCUUGAUACGCAAAGAUCAGACUAUGUGGAAACGCCAUCUUCAAGUAUCACAACCUCAAGCUGUCAAUCUUCAGUCAGUCUUGCGUGCUUACGUUCAAAGGCAGAAAUUCGGUGAGAAGAAGACUCAUUAUCGUGCAAACAAGGAGAAGAUAGUGAAGGUUCAGGCCUUAUAUCGUGGUAAGGAGAAGAGGGAGCAGUUCAAAGAACUCACUAUGGGUAAUAAUGUUCCUUUGAACACGGUCAAAGAGUUUGUCCACUUACUUGACGACUCUGAUUAUGACUUUGAUGAAGAAAUUGAAUUGGUAGAUGUGCGUAAGAAGGUCCUUGAAUCAAUAAGAGAAACGCAAGCACUGGAAUCACACGUAGAUGAACUAGACGUCAAAAUUGCUUUGGUUGUUAAGAACGCACUCUCGUUUGAUGAACUGGUCCGUGCCGCUAAAGGCCGCACAGUCGCUUCAAGUACUCUCAAUCGAAAUGGAAGCGUGUUGACAGCAGCUGGUGAUCCAUUUAGUCCUGGAAAAAUGGAUAAGCAAACAAUAAGAAGACUUGAGCUAUAUCAACAGCUGUUUUGGAGGCUGCAAAACCAACCAGAGUAUCUCGCACGUCUCUUCUAUAAUAUGAGCAGAACGGAGGUGUCUGAUAAGAACCGUCGUUUGAUCGAAAAUGUUAUCAUGACCUUAUUUGGUUACACUCAAUCAGCUCGCGAGGAGUACUUAUUUUUGAAAGUUAUGCAAAGAUCGAUGCAUGAGGAAAUUGCAUCAGCUAGGCAAUUGUCAGACGUUGUUAGGGGUUCAUUCACUUGGGUUAAGAUGUUUUUGCUUUAUCUACGUGGUCCUGAAAGAAAAACCUAUCUAAAGCAAGCACUUGGACCUAGAAUCUCAGAGAUCACGUCAUUAGAAUCAUUUGAUCUUGAAACAGAUCCAGUUAUUAUUUGGAAACAAAUAAUAAACUAUCAAGAGUUAGAGAGUGGUAAACCGAGCGACAAGAAGAAAGACGUGACUUAUGAAGAAGCUAUAUCUGAUUCUGACACAAGAGUAACCUUCAUCCAUCACCUUCAGCAGCUUAGACACGCUACAGAGCAUUUCCGCGGAGAUAUUCAGAAGUCAACAAAGAAGAUGCCUUAUGGAUUGAGAUUUAUUGCUCGUGAAUUGUACUUGGCUCUCCGCAUCAAAUUCAAGAACGAGAGUGAGGAAGCAUGUAAUAGAAUCAUAGGGCAACUUAUCUAUUACAGAUAUAUUCAGCCAGCAAUUGUCACUCCAGAGACAUUCGAUGUUGUUCCAAAAGUGCUUGACCCACUACAGAGGAAAAAUCUCAAUGAGAUUGCAAAGAUGCUUACUCAAUUGGCUAUGGGUGAAGUAUUUAGUGAUGAAAAUACAUACCUUACUCCUCUAAAUGACUACAUUAUGGAUGCUUCAUCUAAAUUCAUCCCUUGGUUUGGUCAAGUCGCUGAUGCUGUUGAUGCCGAGACAUACUUUAAUGCAGGCGAGUUCUUGGAGUACAACACCACAAGAAAACCUUCAAUUCAUAUAUCACCAAGCGAAAUCUAUGAUGUUCACUCCCUUCUCAACCAGAAUUUGGAUCGCAUUGCCCCCACAAGAGAGGAUCCACUACGUGCAAUUUUAUUGGAACUUGGUGGCCCACCAUUACCAGCUCAAGGAGAGCUGUAUGAGGCACGCAAGAGAGCAAUUUCAUUGACACUCACCAACCGCAAUACUCAAGUUGACAAUCCAAAUGACCCACAAACGCAUAAGAAACAACUCUGGCUUCAAACUAAGCGUCUAGUCUUAGCCGUUUUAAGAAUACAACCUGAGCGAACCUUGACCCAAUCUUUCAUCUCUGAAGUUACUAAAGAGCACGAAGCGCAAUGGCAAUUGUUCGUACAAAAGGAAGCUUUAAUAGAGAGAUCUAGAAUAACUGGAGCAGGAGAUACAGUGUCACCAUUCUUAGGAUCGGGUUAUAAGAUAAACGACAUCAGACAAAUGAACUAUACGGAAGUCAAAGCUAGAGCUAUAGAAUACUGUUUACAAUUAGAGAAGAUUGGCGAAAUUUCGAGGAAAGACAACUACCAGAGUGUGCUAAAUGCAAUUGCAGUUGAUGUCAGAAGUCGUAAUAGAAAGAGAAUUCAAAGGCAAAAGGAGUUGAGCAGCAUGGAGAACACAUUGAAGAUACUGGAAGAAAAGAAAGAGUAUCUUCUAACACAGCAAGAUGCUUUCAACUCAUAUAUAGAGACCUCCAUGCAAACUAUGCAAAAGAAGGGCAAAAAACGGUUUGUCUUACCAUUCACUAAACAGUGGUCUCAUUUGAGAGACUUGAAACACACCGGUAAAAAAUUUAAAUUCGGUUCAUAUAAGUAUGCUGCACAAGAGCUUUACAAUCGCGGACUUUUAUUAUCAAUCAGUCAAGUAUCUCCAAGACAAUACGACGGCAUUUUCCUUACUUUCAGCUCGGAUGAAAUAGGUGUAUUUAAGAUAGACCUGAAUAUCGCUGGAGAGCAGAAUGCUAUGGCUAGUGAAGACGUAAGACUGGAAGAUAUGCUGCAGAUGCAGUUUGAGAAUAAGAGUUCAAUUGCAAUUUGCCAAGGAAACGUCAAGUGUAACUUGAAUGUUCUAUUAUUCCAGUUGUAUAAGAAGUGA